AUUUUAAAUGCAUUAAAUAAAUUUAUCUUUCUUAUCUGUCAAAAAUCUGUCAAUGGUGUUAUUUGUUGAUUUUCGCAAUUUUGUUGUCGAAAUUUCAAAAACAAAACAAUUGAAUUUUUAAAAACCUUUUUAUUUAUUUAAUUAAAUCAUGUUCUCGUGAUGCAUUUACAAAACAUUGUUUAAAAUAAAAAUGACUUUAGAUAUCUGCCGCAUUUGUGGCACGACCGAAGAUCUAAAACACAUUUUUAACGAGGGAAAUGAUGAGCUUGUGGAGCAGAUCCGGCUUUGCGCAAAUAUUCAAAUCGAUGUCAAUGAUUGCUUGCCCAAAUAUGUGUGCAAUGAAUGCGAAACUGGACUGGCAUUCUCCUACCGUUUGCGGCAACGCAGCGAACAAACUGAGAAGAGGCUCCGAGAAGAUCUCCUGAUUACCAACGUCGAACCACUAUCACUGGGUGAAGAAUCCACAAUUAUUGACACUUCAGGCCACAAUUCACUGGAAGAGCUAUGCGAAGAAGUAGGAACUUGGAGCAGGGACGAGGAUAUUGCAAACUUUGACGAUCAUGAGAAUCUAAUUGACGAAGAAGAAGAAGAAGGUUUACCCGAAAUCCAAUCAGAUGAAGUUAGUGAAGAGCCAUGGAUUGAAGAAGAGAAUACGCACGAAUCUGAAAAAAUCUUAGAGAACUCGGUGAUGGAACAGGUCGAAGACGAUUUGGUCGAAUUUAUUGAAAUCAGCAUCGCUCGAAAUGAUUUGGACACCCAAGACACUGUGGAUUCGCCUACAAGUGAACCGGAAACCAAACAAUUUGAAUGUGAAAUUUGUUAUGAACUCUUCGAGGAAAAAUCAAAAUAUACUUCACACCUGAGAAAGCACGACGAUAAACAUUUUAAUUGCAAUGUUUGUGACAAAGUCUUCACCCAGCGGUAUCGAUACGAAGAACACAUGAAGAAUCAUUUCACUCUGGACAAAGCUUUCCCUUGUUCUAUCUGUCAGAAGAGCUACACAAAUCAAAGCAAUAUGGAGCGGCACGUUCGCUCGGUUCACAAUCAGGAGAGAAAUUUCCAAUGUGCUCAAUGUGGAGCGAGUUUUGGUAGAUCGGAUAUACUGAAGAUGCAUAUGGCAAAGCAUUCCGAUAAAAGGACAAUCGAGUGUGGAGUUUGUCACAAGGCAUUUAAAACCAGCCAAAGUUUGCAUUAUCACAUGAGAAUCCACCUGAAUCACCAGGGACGGCAGAAAAAGCCCCCGCGUAUUAGGGCAAAACGGAAAGCGAACGCUCAAACCUUUCGAUGCGAUCAUUGUGACAAGGUAUCCCAUCAUAGAACCACGCACAUCAACCAUAUGCGAAUUCACACGGGUGAAAAGCCAUUCAAGUGUAGCACCUGCAACAAAGCCUUCCGCACGACUCACGCCCGAAGUAAUCAUGAGCUCCUGCACACCGAUAAACGUCCACAUGCGUGCAAAGAAUGUGGGAUGGCUUUUCGACAAACAUCGCAUCUUAAGUCGCACAUGCUCACACACUCUGGAGACAAAAACCAUGUGUGUGAGGUAUGCCAAAAAGCCUUUGCAAUGCGAAGUAAUUUGGUUGCCCAUCUGAGAAUCCAUACGGGCGAGAUGGCUUAUGCAUGCAAUCAGUGUCCAAAGAAGUUCCUCCUGUCUAGUCAAUUUAAAAGACAUAAGCUAACGCACGGCUCUUCCGUUGACGAUGGAGGAGAUGUUUUGCGGAUGGAAUCUUGCCAGGAGAAUGAAAGUGAAUUCCAUGAUCCCCAAACAGGUUUCUGCAUGUAUGAGAUAAUCGAAAGGGCACCAGACAAUGAUGGCAUUGUUGUUGAAUGAUCUGCAAUGUAGAAAGAUGAUAAAUAUAUUUUAUAUAUUCAUGUACAAAUUAUGUUAUUUUUAAGAGGAAUUUUACUACAAUAAACACAGUGGUUUA